AUGAAUCCGCUGAAGAUUCGUGUAAGGCAGCUGAUACAAGAAGCGGUUGAUGCGAGAGCCGAGGCAAUGAAAUUGCAUAUGGCCUUACAAGUGAUGAAGGAAGAGAGGGAAAAAAAGAAGGUGAUCAAAGCUGAUAAGAGUACGAUGACUGAAGUGAUCGAGACAACCCCAGACGUGCCGACGCCUCGUCCUCCUCCACCCGAACCGCCACCAUCUACCGUCAUGUCCGCUUCCUUUCCGCUAUCACCGAAAGCCGAGAAAACCCUUCAGCAGCCGUGCGUCGCAAUACCACAGGAGUUUCUUCUUCAACUUCAAGUAAUUGGUUGA